GUGGCAGUGAGUGCGUGUGUGGCAGUGAGUGCGUGUGGGGCGAUUGAGGGGGUUGUGGGUGGGAUGGGGCAGGGGCAGCCCGCGCCCCCCCCGCGGAGCCGCCACCGGCUCCCUGACGGGCGGCUACGAGGAGAGGCCGCCGGGCCCGCCUCUGCCGCCGGGCCCCUCAAGGCCGCUCCCCGACGCCGCCGCUGGCGGCUGCACCGUGAGGCGGCGGCCCGGUAGCGGAGCGCCGCCCCCUCGCCUCCCCCGAGGGAGGUCAGGGCGGCGGUAGCGGAAGCUUCUCCCUCCCGGCGCCGCGUCCCGGAACCAGCCCCGCCGCUGCCGCCUCCUGUCCUGUGCCGGGCCCGCCGGCUGCCGCCCCCGCCGGCAGCAUGACAGCGCCCGCCGCCGCCUCCCGCAGGUGACACCCCGCGGGCCCUUCCGCCUCUGCCGCCUCCUAUAUGGGCCACCUGCUCUCCAAGGAGGCAAGCAGCCUGAGCCGGGACCGCGACCGCCGCUGCCGCCGGGGGAGGAAGGUGCCGCCGCGCAGCCGGAGCUGCUUCCUGCGCGGGCCCUGCAUGCUCUGCUUCAUCGUGCACAGCGCCAGCCCGCCCGCCCCGGACCAGCCCCUGCCCGCCGGGGACCCCCUGCUGCCACCGCCGCCCUACGCGACCCUCGCCAGCGCGGAGCAGCGCGCCGCCCGCCGCCUCCUCCGCCUGCCGCCCGCCGCCUGGGAGCCGCGGGGCCGCUGCCAGCGCCUCCUCCUCUCGGGCCUGCUGCCCUCGCCGGUGCGGGGCCUCCUGGGGCCGGUGAGGCCGCCCGGAGAGGUCGCCUCCGAGAUGGUGUGUAAGCGCAAGGGGGCCGGCCUGCCCGCCUGCCCGCCCUGCAAGCAACCGCGCUGCGCGGCCGCUGCUGCGGCGGAGCCCGAGGCCGCCGCCUGCCAGUGCCCCGGGGAGGCGCAGCUCUGCGCCCUGCCCGCCGCCGACAGCUGCGCGGCGGGCGGUGGGGGAGCGCCGGCCCGAGAGGCCGCCGGGGACAGCGGCGGCGGGGGGCAGCCCACCUCGCCGCCUCCUCCCGCGCCGGAGGAGGAAGGGGAGAAAGAGAAGGAGAAAGGUGGCGAGGAGCCGCUGGAGCACCCCGGAGACUGCUGCCGAGAGCCGCUGCCGCCGCCAGCCCCGGACAUUAACCAGCUGCCGCCCUCCAUCCUCCUCAAGAUAUUUUCCAAUUUAUCCCUGAAUGAGCGUUGCCUUUCAGCAUCAUUAGUCUGUAAAUACUGGCGUGACCUCUGUUUAGAUUUUCAGUUUUGGAAGCAGCUGGAUCUCAGUAGUCGUCAACAGGUCACUGAUGAGCUGUUGGAAAAGAUUGCAUCAAGAAGCCAGAAUAUUACUGAAAUCAAUAUUUCUGAUUGUCGCAAUGUAUCUGAUACAGGAGUAUGCAUAUUAGCAAUUAAAUGUCCCGGACUCCUAAGGUAUACUGCCUACAGGUGUAAACAGCUUUCUGACACGUCUAUUAUUGCGGUUGCCUCUCAGUGUCCUCUUCUUCAGAAAGUGCAUGUAGGCAAUCAAGACAGACUGACUGAUGAAGGUCUAAAGCAGCUGGGAUCAAAAUGCAGAGAAUUGAAAGACAUUCAUUUUGGGCAAUGUUACAAGAUCUCAGAUGAAGGAAUGAUCAUUAUAGCUAAAGGCUGUCUGAAGUUGCAAAGAAUAUACAUGCAGGAAAACAAAUUAGUGACAGAUCAGUCAGUGAAAGCUUUUGCAGAACAUUGUCCUGAGCUGCAGUAUGUUGGUUUUAUGGGCUGCUCUGUUACAUCCAAAGGAGUCAUUCACCUUACCAAUCUAAGAAAUCUUUCCAGCUUGGAUCUACGUCAUAUCACAGAACUGGACAAUGAAACCGUGAUGGAAAUAGUAAAGAGAUGCAAAAACCUUAAUUCCCUCAAUCUGUGUCUGAACUGGAUCAUUAAUGACAGAUGUGUGGAGGUGAUUGCCAAAGAAGGCCGGAACCUGAAAGAGCUGUAUUUGGUAUCCUGCAAGAUCACUGACUAUGCUCUGAUAGCCAUUGGACGAUACAGCAUGACAAUAGAGACGGUGGAUGUUGGAUGGUGCAAAGAAAUCACAGACCAUGGAGCCACCCAAAUUGCACAAAGCAGCAGGUCUCUCAGAUAUUUGGGGCUGAUGAGAUGUGAUCAGGUGAAUGAAGCCACGGUGGAGCAGCUGGUGCAGCAGUAUCCACAUAUAACCUUCAGUACUGUACUACAAGAUUGCAAGAGGACAUUGGAACGGGCUUAUCAAAUGGGCUGGACACCCAAUAUGUCCACUGCCUCUUAACCGCCUAUACCAACGUGUUCCACAGUUCCACUCUGCUGCAUUCAGUAGAUAUAAUGGGGAUUGCAGAGGGUUCACAACCUUUCAUAUGAUGCAAUAUAAUUGUGAGUUUACAGAGGUUACAGUAAAAUGGCAAAAGCUGUACACUGAUUUUAAUGUACUGUACAACUAAGUACUAAUACUGAAGCAAAACUUUAGAAAUGCGUCGCAUUUUUCUUUGCAUAAAAGAUAUAAAAGCCUUUGGCAGUUUUCUUGAAGUGGAUUGCUACUAGUUCUCAUUAUAGUUUGAGUUAUAGAAUAUGUUAAGCUUUUUUUCCUUUGUUUACUUUACUUUGCCUUGGCCAUGUGUGUUUCCUUUGAUUUGUGAGUGGUAACUCAGUGCUAGCACCAGUGCAGUUGAUCGACAGAGGCCUGUGUUGAAACUGGGAGAUAACUUGAUCCUUGUUAUUUACUAAAGCUACCCCAGGAGCUUUUAGAUGCACAGUAAUAAGAAAAUCUACAAAAAAUUGUGAUCUUUAAUAAACCUCUUUAUAAUUAUACAAAUCAUUAUUUUGAACAGAAAUUUUAGUAAAUAAUGAUAAUGACAGAAUUUAUAUUUAAUGGACAAUCUGAAUUCUUUUCUUUCUACCACUCAACGGAAUAGAUAUUUCCUUUCAUUUUGUUCUGUCUAAAAGAAGAGAUGCUGUAGAGAUUUCCAGAUCCUUCCACCUUGCCAUUUUUAUAAGUGAGUUAACAGUGCUUAACCUAACACUGAUAACCAGCUCCCACUUCAUACAGUCAAACAGUAAUUGAAUACACCAACUAUCAGAAAUAAGUUAACAGACAAUGUUUAAAUAUCUGAUUGAAAAGAUUACUUUUUUUUUUUUUAAAAGUGAACUUGUCUCCUCUGAUUAUGCUGUUAUGUUGCUGAAUUGGGAAAUCCAGAUGAAUGGGUGUAAGCCAGUAACAGGAUUCCUCUCGUUUCCCAUGUGGUUGUUACUUUACAACAGAUCUUACAAUGCAAAGAGUGCUUACCUUGAGAAGGCGGUCUAAACACACGUCCCAUCAUGGGUAUCAUUUUGUAGGAUCAGAUGCUUCAUCAUACAGUGUAUGCAAGAAAAUACCCAGAGUAAAUACACAAAACGAUUAAUUUCUGUGUGUCACGUUGCAUUCUAAGGACUUAAAUUUGACAUGGGGAUAGUUAAAAUACAGACAUUGCAGCUUCAAUUUGAAGUUGCAUUAGCCUUUAUAGUAUUACCAUUUGGUUAAGAAUGUUUUCAGGUGUGUAACACUGGAUAUUUGUUUUUAACGUUACAGCAAAGUAUGAAAUGCUUAAGCUGAAAAGUUGCCAUUAUUGUCAAAAUGUUUUGCUAAUCCAGAAGGUCUAAUGCAGUAUAACCUAGAAGCUUGUUUAAUAUGGCUGUAUAACUCUCUGUAAAACUGUUGAUUUCCAUAGCAUAAUUUUUUACAACAGAAACAUCAGCUCACAGUAAUUCCAGUGAGGGUGUUGAAUGUUUUCUUAUUAGAGUUUUCAAAAUGGGGAUGAACUAAUUUCUCUGGAAAAAAUAUAUGGUAAAGUUUUCGCUUUAAAUAAAUGGUAAAUACUUGUGAA